GUGUUGUGAUGUACUCUAAUGUCGUUAUACGAGAAUGACAUGGUGAUUUUAAUUUCCUUGACACUUGACAUGAAGCGCAUAAGUAAAAUCAAUUAAAUUCGCAGAAAUACAAAUGUCAUUCGAGUCCACAUAGACACUUGUCUUAAUUCGCUGCGUAGAAUAUAAACAUCUCCCAACCUGAGCAUGUGAAUGAUUCUGAAAAUAAUUCAAUAUAUUGGUUUAAAAUCAGACAUACAAAAAAAUACCAUAUGAUAGCUAACUACGUCACAGAUUAGUUAUGUAAAACCCUCUGAAGUUUUAGCACGCACAGGAAUGGUAAGCGUUACAAAAAGUGUUAAAAAAUAGUAAGUAUGCCCGUGGGCGUUACAUUAUCAGGACACUAAAGUGCCUAAUCCGUGGAAGCUGACCUUGGCCGUGAACCAGACCAAAUGAUAUGCAACCGAAUGUACCAGUGUCCAAACUUAAGCACGUCCGGUGAAAGCCCACGCUCUUAACCAAAAGCUCCAAAACAAACGGAUUACAGAAGAGCUAAAACCGUCGAUGAAGCCCCAAAGCGAGGAGGACACGCGACGAAUCCAAAUAUAAUAUAAAUUAAAAUCAUUUUAGAUCACCAAACCGACAAAAUCGCUGUGACCCAGGUCAAUACCCAGCACCCACGCUUGCAAAUUUAGCCACAGCAGCUCCUGUCAGUCGAACGCCAUUUCAUUUUGGCGCGCAGACCGCCCACAACCACAGUCCCCAUUUGAUGCCGGAACCAAGCCGAAGUGUACCCACGAAGUUGACGGCAUAAAAGGACCAGGCAGCCAUUUGCCGAGCAGCAGUCUCAUUGGGAUAAACGGUCGAACAACAACGGCUCGCAGAGCAACAAGUGAAAACUGUUGCGGCUUUUGAAAUUUAACGCUCAGAUGUGGCCUAAAGUCACGUUUGAAUCUAUUCGCGUCAAAUGUGCAAUUUUCAGUGCGGUUCUUGACUCGUAAACCUUCUCAAAGCUCUGUCCCACUUGGUUGAACCCGGUGUCUGUGUCACGCGGCUUACUUAACUUUACUGCCAUUAACUCCGCGUUUUCCGCUUUAAUGUGUCUGGUUAACAUGACACACAAUCGCAUUUUUCGCAAUAUCCGCCUCUUCCUUGUGGCAGCUACUGCACUGCUGUCAUCUCAAAGGAACUACACAACAGCCUCGAAAGACAUAAUAAAUAUUGGAUUCCUGGCUGAAUACUCUCAAAUGCGGGUAACUCUUGGCGGUCUGCCGCUUGCUGUGGAGGAUGUCAAUAAAAACGUGAAUUUGCUGCCAGGCAAGACACUUAAAUUUAUUCCAUUUGACAUAGGUCACACAACCAGUGCAUAUCGAGUGAAACCCUUAAGACUUAUGACAGAACUGAGGGAAAGAAGGGUGAAGGCUUUCAUAGGACCCGAUGAAAGCUGCACAACUGAGGCGUUGCUGGCCGCCGCCUGGAAUAUCCCAAUGCUUUCAUUUAAAUGCUCUGACUCAAUUGUUUCCAAUAAGAGUACCUUUCCCACCUUUGCACGAACCCUCGCCCCAGCUUCGAAGGUCUCUAAAAGUGUCAUAAGCCUGUUGAAUGCAUAUGAUUGGAAAAAAUUUGCAAUUGUGGUUAGUUCAAAGCCCAUUUGGGGUUCCGACGUGGCUAGCGCUAUUCAGGAACUUGCUGAAUCGAGAAACUUUACCAUAACGCAUUUUAAAUACAUAUCGGAUUACAUACCCAUUAAGAAAACAUUAUCACAAAUCGAAAGUAUUAUUGACGAGACUUACACAACGACACGCAUUUACGUAUUUAUCGGAGAGCAUAUUGCUAUGGUGGACUUUGUGCGCUGCCUGCAAAAUCGUGGACUUCUCGAAAGCGGAGCUUACAUUGUUGUAUCUGUGGACGAUGAGAUCUAUAAUGCGAAUCGUGUCAAUAUAAUGGAACGUAAUUACUUAGAUCCUUAUAUUAGAAAAGAAAAGAGCAAAUCACUGGAUAAAAUCUCAUUUCGUUCAGUUAUCAAAAUAAGCAUGACAUAUCCACAAAACCCUCAUAUUCGUGACAUUUGUGCCAAAAUCAAAGAGUAUGCGCGUAAAGCUCCAUUUCUGGUGCCCUACCAUCAAAGAGUUUUCGAGAAUAUUUCGGUUCCCAUAUACGGUCUACAUCUGUAUGAUAGCGUGAUGAUCUAUGCACGUGCCAUUACGGAAAUACUCCAGCUGGGCGGCGAUAUAAACGAUGGAAAUCUUGUUAUGAGUCACAUAUUCAAUAGAUCAUAUCACUCGAUUCAGGGCUUUGAUGUAUUCAUUGACUCAAAUGGCGAUGCGGAGGGCAACUACACUGUAAUAACACUUCAGAGCGAUGCAAACGGAGGAUCUGGUAAUUCGCUAGCUAAAAUGUCCAUGCAGCCAGUUGGAUUUUUUGUCUACAAUAAAGACUCUGUUAUACCGGAAUUUCGGUAUAUUAAAAAUGGAAGACCUAUUCAGUGGCUCAACGGUCGACCGCCGCUUGCGGAGCCAAUGUGCGGUUUCUAUGGCGAGUUGUGUCCACGCAAAAAGCUGGAUUGGCGAUACGUGGUCACUGCACCAUUAUUUGCAUUCGUAUUGGUCGUUGCCAUCGCCCUGUUGUUCAAGCAUUACCGCUAUGAACAGACAUUGGCUGGUUUAUUGUGGAAGGUGGACAUGAAAGAGGUCACUGUGAUAAACUUGGGCGAAUAUAACAACCCAAGCCAUAAGAAUAUUGUCCAAAUUUGCCGUCAAAGUAUUUUAGUUGUUGGGGAGCCGAACAAAAGGUCAUUCACAAACAUUGCUCUUUUUCGUGGUAAUAUUGUCGCCAUGAAAAAAAUUCAUAAAAAGAAUGUGGACAUAACUCGUUCUAUUCGUAAGGAAUUAAAAUUGAUGCGAGAGGUUCGACAUGAAAACAUAAUUAAUUUUAUUGGGGCAUCAAUUGAUCAUGGAUCUGUCAUAAUAUUCACAACAUAUUGUGCGCGAGGAAGCCUAGAAGAUGUUCUUGCAAACGAAGAUCUGCAUUUGGAUCAUAUGUUCAUUUCUUCAUUGGUGUCAGAUAUACUUAAAGGGCUUAUUUACUUGCACGACUCGGAGAUUAUUUCUCAUGGAAACUUACGAUCGAGUAACUGCCUAAUCGACUCAAGAUGGGUUUGCCAAAUCUCAGAUUUUGGUCUUCACGAACUAAAGGCGGGUCAGGAUGAGCCAAACAAAACGGAACUGGAAUUAAAACGUGCCCUCUCUAUGGCGCCCGAACUUUUACGCAACUCGUUCCGGCCAGCCCGUGGAUCACAGAAGGGCGAUAUUUAUUCCUUUGGCAUUUUACUAUACGAGAUGAUUGGCCGAAAGGGACCCUGGGGGGAGACUGCGUAUACAAAAGAAGAGAUCAUAAAAUUCGUUAAAAGUCCUGAUCUGCUGCAGCACGGCGUAUUUCGGCCAGCCCUUAAUACUUUAAAUAUACCAAAUUACAUUCGUAACUGCUUGCGUCUUUGUUGGGAUGAGGAUCCCGAAGUACGCCCUGACAUUAGACUGGUCCGAAUGCAUUUAAAAGAACUUCAAGCUGGAUUAAAACCAAACAUAUUUGAUAACAUGCUCGCAAUAAUGGAGAAAUAUGCAUACAAUUUGGAGGGCCUCGUCCAGGAACGAACCAAUUUACUAUACGAGGAGAAAAAGAAAACUGAUAUGCUUUUGUAUCAAAUGCUGCCCAAAACGGUUGCAGAAUUGUUAAAAAGUGGCGAUCCUGUUAAGGCCGAAUGCUUUGAUUGUGUGACUAUUCUAUUUAGCGAUAUAGUCGGCUUCACUGAACUCUGUACUACCAGCACUCCAUUUGAAGUUGUCGAAAUGCUGAACGAUUUGUAUACAUGCUGCGAUUCCAUAAUAUCCAAUUACGAUGUUUAUAAGGUGGAAACGAUUGGAGACGCGUAUAUGGUAGUAUCUGGGCUACCUUUAAAAAAUGGCAAUCGUCACGCCGGCGAGAUAGCCUCAUUAGCGCUUCACUUGCUUGAAACUGUUGGCAAUCUUAAAAUUCGACAUAAACCAACAGAAACGGUGCAAUUUCGUAUUGGUAUACAUUCUGGUCCCUGCGCAGCUGGUGUCGUUGGGCAGAAGAUGCCACGAUAUUGCCUGUUUGGGGACACUGUCAACACGGCCUCGCGCAUGGAGAGUACCGGCGAAGCGAUGAAGAUCCACAUAUCGGAGGAGACCUAUCAAUUGCUGCAAGCUGUUGGAGGCUACAUAUGCGUCGAGCGAGGCCUGACCAGCAUUAAAGGCAAGGGCGACAUGCGAACCUAUUGGCUAACCAAGCAAUUGCAACCCGAAAUGCGAGCGCUAAUGAUCAACGACUGGGCACCAGAUCUAAUAAGUACUGUGGAUUCUUCAAAUGGUUGCUGCUCAAAGACUAGAGGUGGCGACUUGUCCUUGUUGAAGUUUCCAAACAUGCCCAUGAACAUGAGGACAGGCUCCUGUAACUGUGCUACCAAAUGCUUAUACAGCCGGCGAUCCGACGAUAAUGUUACCACCUCGCACAAAGCCUCUGCGCUGUCGAAGGUCACAGAAACAGUGCAGAUCAAUUGCAACCAGUUGUGCGUCUGUCGAUUAAAUGGCAGUCAAGUGUUGAGCAAUCGGAGCCCUCGCUCGGCUCCUAGCAUCUCAUUUAGGCUCUAGGCCUGAGCUGCUCUACGAACAAAUAACGGAGCGAUCGUGUCACACGGUUGUAACCUAUACAUUUAUUAAUGUCUAUCGGACAUUUUUAUUGCAAAAUACUUAAAUAAAUGUAAGCUUAAACCCGUAA